AACUAAUAAUCACGGUAAUAAUCUAUAAGCCUGUGAUUUUAAUUCAAGAGUAAUCACAGAAAAAAGAUACUCUUUGGGUUUUAAGUGAAUCAUUGUUAUCAAUGUUAUUUCUAUAGACACUAGAUUUUAUUUUGUGUAUACUUCACUCACAUAUUUUUAUACCUUCUAACGAUCUAACGUCUUAUAACAACAAAACGAAAUGGAUUUAAAGCGUGUAGCAACUAUCAAAUGUGACCAAGGUGCUAUUCGUGCUGUCAGGUUUAAUGGUAACAUAUAUUAUUGAAAUUGUUAGUAUACCUAUUACUAUGUUUUUUUGUUAACUUUUGUUUUGUUUAGUUGAUGGUGAAUAUUGUUUAACGUGUGGUAGUGACAAGAAGAUAAAAUUAUGGAAUCCAUACAAAGAAUUGUGUUUGAAAACAUAUGCUGGCCAUGGCGAUUGUGUAAUGGAUACUUGUGGUUCAUGCGAUAGCAGGUACUUACUUAAUACCUAUUAAUUUUAAUGUCAUUACAAAUUGAUAAAAUUAAUUUUUAAGUGAAUUAGUUUCGUGUGGCGCUGAUAAAUCUAUUGUACUAUGGGAUGUAUCUGAUGGAAGAGUAAAACGAAGAUUGCGACAACAUGCCGCUACAGUAAAUUGUGUCAAGUAUAAUGAAGAUUCUUCAGUUGUGAUAUCUGGAUCAAAUGAUAACACUGUUUGUUGUUGGGAUACUAGAAGUCGUAGUAAUAGCCCAAUUCAAGUAUGUAUUUAAACAAAUUGUUUAUAUUUAUAAAUUAUUGUUUUACUUUGUAGUAGUUUUUAGUAAUCAUUUUCUAUAAUAAAAAAUAUUCAAUAAUUAAUGAAACAACGUAGGUACUUCUAGGAUCUUAAGUUUCCUUGUCUUCCCCAUGACAACUCUCAAGUUCCUAAGGGGUUUUUACUCUUCUACUUCCAUCUAACCUUAUCUCUGGUAAAACUUCAAUAAUAUUCUUUUUUAUUCCACUAAAUCAAUUGCUUUUUUCAAACGAUCUCUCUUAUACUUCUUAUCACUAUAAUUUGACAAUUAUAAAGAUGACUUCUUUUACAAAUUUACAAUACAAUAUUUGAUAUUUUAACUUUUUAAUAUUUACAUGUAUUAAAAUUAUAGGUUUUAAAAGAAGCUAAAGAUAGCAUUACUAAAGUUUUAGUUAUUGGUUAUCAAAUCCUAACUGGCUCCCUAGAUUGUUUUUUACGAACUUAUGACAUAAGAAUGGGUAGUUUAGAUUCUGACUUUAUUGGAAGUAAGCACUGUCUUUAUAAUAUCUAUUAUUUAUAAAUUUUUGCUUUUAUGUCCAUUAAAAUAUAUAUUUAUAGAGCCGAUAUCGUGCAUCAGUUCAACACAAGACAACAUGUGCACUUUAGUUAGCUGCACAGAUAAUACACUGAAAUUAAUGGAUAGACAAAAAGGAGAAUUAUUGAAUGAGUACACAUUAAUAUUUUAACUAUAGUUUAUCAAGUCAUAAUUAAAUAUCUAAUUACAUAGUAUUUUAAUUUUUUAUUUUAGAUACACAGGUCACAAAGUGGAUGAUUACUUUAUUGAAAAUUGUGUGUUUCAUAAUGAUAGUACAAUAAUAAGUGGAUCAACAUGUGGAAAUCUUUGGUGUUGGGAUUUUGUAAGCGCUGAACUUAUAGAGAAGUUGAAAUCAAAUGAUGUUUCAUAUACACAAUCCGUCAAUUCAAUUAGUACACAUCCCAGUAAAAAAAUAUUAAUUGUUUCUUGUGGACCUUGUAUUAGUCUUUGGUCUGAAUGACAUUGAAUUUAUAAUAAUUUAAGUGAGAUAUUUUUAUAUUUUCUAUAUUAAUAUAAGGCACAAUUUUGAUAACAACCUGUUUGCAUAGUACUACUUAUUUAUAAUAGUUUAAAUAUUAUUAUUGACAAAAAUAAUUAAGUCUAAUAUUGUGAUUUCAAUAUGCAUAUUUAAAUACUAAAUACUGCUAUAUUUAAUUGUAAAAUCUGUAAUUUAUUGUUAUAAUUUAGUUAAACUGAUAAUUUCAUAAAACAAUAUAAUAUACUAUAGUUACAGGUGUACGAGUGAGUAAACCAUUAUAAGAAAAAUAAUAACCUCAGUAACUAAAGUAGCUCUGACAAUUUUGAGUUUAAAACUUUUUUUUAUUAUUAAAAUUGCUUAAUUGAAAAUAUCAAUCUAUUUGAAUCUGAAGGAAAAUUGCUACUUAAAAUAAAGUAAGUUGUAUUGUGUAUUUAAGCCAUGAAAGGGUUACAAAUUCUGAAUGUAUUAUUGUUAUCUACAGUUUCAAAAGAGAACUUACCACUUUUUAAACUUAGUAUAAAUACUAUGGCUGAAAAGAGCUGGACAUGCUAUUUGGUAAGCUAAUAAAAAAAUUGAUUAAUCUAGGAAAUAGUGACUAUGCGCAAGGCCAAGGCAAAGAUGGUUAUCAAAAUAUCGUAGCUGUAGAUGAAUCAGAAAGAUGGGAAGACACCUUAGAAAAUUAUGGAUGGAUGGAGAAGUUUAGUUUAAGCUUGUAAAGACAUCUACUGUCUCAGUCCAAUUACCGAGUAACAUACAUAAACAAUGCUUAUGCAUAAGUAAAACUAGCUUAAUUUUGAUUUUAGAGUAAAAGUACAUAUUAAGAACAAUAUUUUGAAGGAAAUUUAGGGUUUUUGUAUUAUUCAAAAUUUAUAGAUCAAUAUAAAAGAUACAAAAACCUUUAUUUUUUACUAUUUUAAUAGAUCGUAAUUCAAUAAAAACCAAUAACUUCCUCCAAAAUAUUUUUUCCUGUGAAUUUUGUGAUAGGUACUUUUAUUUUAAAUCAAAAUCAGCUAGUUUUACUUAUUCUGUGUAAACAUUAUUUAUGUAUGUUACCUGGUAGUUGGACUGAGACAGUAGAUGUAGGUAUAAUAUCCUAUUAAAGAUCUAUACAAAUUUUAAAUAUCAUUUAUGUGACAAUGAAAUGUAUUGAACUUGUUACAACCAUUUACAAGCUCUGCUUAUUAGGGUAAUGUUGUCAGUUAAAAUUUAAAUUGUAUGAAAUUAUUUGCAAUGUUUAUUUAAUGAUAAAAUAAAGUUAUUAUAAAUAACUAAAGCAUGGUUCAGUGUAUUCAAAAAGACGGUCAUUAAUACUUCUCCGGCCACUAAUGUCUUUUGGAGUAUCUCCUAUGUUAUUUGGUAGUUUAACGUUUGGUUCAAUUUUUGGCUGAGAUAAUAAUAGUUCGAUGAGGUCAUGUGAAUCACCUAAUUCCGCUGCUAAAUGUAAAGGUGUUAAACCUAAAGUACAUACAUUUAUAUUAAAAAAACAUAUUUUUUGUAUUAUGUUAAUAUGUGUUGUGACAGUUCUAAUAAAUAUUACCACCAGCAGUCGUAGCAUUUAUGUCUGACCCAGCUUCUAUGAGUUUUUCCGCACAAUCUACAUUAUUCCAUUUACAAGCUGAAUGUAAUGGUGUCCAAUAGAAUUCAGUACGAGCAUUUGGAUUUGCAUUAUUUUCCAAUAAAUACU